UCAUUUGUGAUGAAACUUUUGUUUGAUUUUUUCUUUUGUCAGUUGAAUGUUUGAUUAUUUAUUGUUUUCUAUUAUUUAAUUAGUUAAUUGUUACAUUUUUAAUUAAAAUAUGGCCUUGAGAAUAGAAACGCGAUCGAUCGAAGAAACAUUGGCUCCUUUGGUUCUCCAGGUAACUACACUUGUCAAUACAUCGGAAAGAAAGAAAGGUGGGCGAUCAACUAGACCUCAAGUUCUGGUGGCUACGAUUGAAAAGGCGACUGAAAAUUUUAUCACCGUUGCCGAAGAGAUCGCCCGUGAAAAUGAUGAAUUUCAAGAAGAAAUGAAUGGUUGUAUUGAUAAGAUUCGUGAAGCGGGUAAGAAUAUGUCAGAGGCUUCUAGAGAAUUUGCCGAUGAUCCAUUUUCUUCUGUUAAAAGAAAUAAAAUGGUGCAAAAUUCAAGAAAUUUACUCUAUCGUGUCGCUGAGCUGAUAAUUCUUGCCGAUAAAAUUGACGUAAAAUCUUUACUCAAAUCUUUGGAAGCAGUUGAAGGUGAUCUCAAUAAUGUGGCAAAUGCUAACAAUCAAGAAGAGCUUCUUGAGCAUUUUAAUAAAUUUGGACUUAAUGCUAAUAACAUGUUCUAUCAUGCUGCUAAACGUCAAAAUGAGCUUAAAGAUUCAAAAUUAAGAGAUGAUCUUGGUGCUGCUCGAGCUGUUCUCAAGAAAAACAGUAUGAUGCUUCUAACCGCAUCUAAGGUGUUUGUCCGUCACCCUGAAUUAUCCGCUGCCAAAGAGAAUCGUGAUUUCAUAUUUAAACAAGUUUGUGAGGCUGUUAACACUGUCAGAGAUGUUGCUAAGGGUAACAAACCCAAAACUCUGACCGAUCCUUAUGAUAUACCCGGAGAAAUGGCAGCGGCUUUGGAUGAUUUUGAUGAGAGAGUAGUGAUGGAGCCAUUGACUUACAAUGAAUCAACCACUCGACCCGAUUUAGAGAGACAGUUGGAAAGUAUCAUCAGUGGAGCAGCUUUAAUGGCAGAUUCAUCUUGUACUCGUGAUAUAAGAAGAGAGAGAAUCGUCGCCGAGUGUAAUGCUGUUCGUCAAGCUCUUCAGGAUCUUCUUUCCGAAUAUCUUGCCAAUGUUGGUUCUCAUGAGCCAUCCGAUAAUUUGGAAAGAGCUGUUGAACAUAUGACACAAAAGACAAAAGAUUUAAGGAGACAAUUGAGAAAAGCGAUUAUCGAUCAUGUUUCCGAUUCAUUCUUGGAAACUAAUGUUCCGCUACUGGUCUUGGAUGCUGCUGCUCGUCGUGGAGACAUCAAUGAGGUGGAAACUUAUCAAGCCAUGUUUGAGGAACACGCAAACAAAUUGGUUGAAGUCGCAAAUCUUGCCUGUAGUAUGUCCAAUAACGAGGAAGGUGUUAGAAUGGUCAGAUACGCAGCCUUACAGAUAAAAAAUCUUUGCCCGCAGGUCAUAAAUGCAGCCAAGAUUCUUGCAGCUCGACCUAAUUCAAAAGUAGCCAUUGAAAAUAUGGACGCUUUCAAAAACCUUUGGGAAACUCAGGUUAGAAUCUUAACCGAAGCCGUUGAUGACAUUACAACGAUCGAUGACUUUUUAGCCGUUUCUGAAAGUCAUAUUCUCGAAGAUGUUAAAGAAUGUGUUUCUGCACUUGGGGAACAUGAUGGUGACAAUCUUGACCGAAUGGCUGGAGCUAUCAGAGGACGUGCUGCUCGUGUUUGUAAUGUUGUUACAGCAGAAAUGGACAAUUAUGAGCCUAAUGAAUACACCGAACGGGUUUUGGCAGCAGUUAAUGAACUAAGAAAUACAAUUAUGCCUUCGUUUGCUGGUAAAGUGGAAAAGGCUGUUGAACUUUUAAGUAACAAUCAAUUGAAAGACUUGGACGAUAAUCAAUUUAUUGAUUCCUCGCGAAUGGUUUAUGAUGGAGUAAGAGAGAUACGAAGAGCUGUUCUGUUUGACCGAGCCGUUGAAGAAAUGGAUUCUGAAACAGAAAUGGAAUAUGAAGAUAAUACUUAUGAAACUCGAAGUAAAUCAAGUGUUAUAACCGAUUUCGAUGAAUAUCCCGAUGUUAAUGGAAUCAGUAACACCAGAGAAGCUUAUAGAAUGAUUUCCGAAGAGGAGAAGCAAAAAAUUGCAGCUCAAUUUGAAACAUUUAGAACUGAAAAGGUUCGAUUCGAUCGAGAGGUUGCUAAAUGGGACGAAAAGGGUAACGAUAUAAUUGUGAUCGCCAAGAAGAUGUGUUACAUUAUGAUCGAAAACGAAUUCACUCGAGGUAAAGGACCAUUGAAAACAACCAUGGAUGUGAUCGGUAAAGCAAAAGAGAUCUCUGAACUUGGAACAACCUUGGACAAAUUAGCUGGUCUAAUUGCUGAACAAUGUCCAGAAUCAGAUACCAAGAAAGAUUUGGUUGCUUAUCUUAAAAGGAUUGAAUUAUAUUGUCAACAAUUAAACAUCACAUCAAAAGUAAAAGCUGAUGUUCAAAACAUUUCAGGAAACUUGAUUGUUUCAGGGUUGGAUUCGGCUACAUCUCUUAUCCAGGCAGCUAAAAAUCUGAUGAAUGCUGUGGUCUUAACAGUUAAAGCUUCCUAUGUUGCCUCCACCAAGUAUCCACGAGGAGGAAUCAUCAGUACUCCUCUUGUUGUUUGGAAGAUGCGAGCUCCCGAAAAGAAACCUUUGGUUCGUCGAGAAAAGCCGGAAGAGGUUAGAGCCAAAGUUCGUAAAGGUUCACAAAAACGAACCGAUUCUCCUCUUAAAGCCUUAAGUCAAUUCCAAACGGACGAUUUAUGAUCUUACAUAAAUUAAUUCUUAACUACGGUUGGAAAUACAAUCAAUCAAAACCACCACAUUUACCUGAUGCAUUUACAUAAGUCUUCCAUUAUCUCACUAAUGAUCUGAAUUUCUACAAUCCAAUUGUGCCGUUAAUCUGAUAAAUCUCAUUUACGAUCACCCAAGGAAAAGUCCUCUUUUUAUAAUAAUCAAAAUUUCAUAUUUUCUUAAAUCCUCAUUCACAUUGUGCUUUUAAAUGAUAGUUUUUAACCCUUUCGAUUUCAAUUUAAAUCCUUUUUAUAAUAUUAUACAUUAUCUAUCCAUGACACAAACAAUUAUUUAAAUGCCUUAUAAAUACAAAAUUAAAGACCAAUAAUAUUUAAAAUGAACUAAAUAAUUU